AUGUUAUACUCAUACUGGUUUCUUCAAAAGCUGCGUAGACAAGCUCGAGAACGUCGGCAAUAUGUCUACGCCAAAUCUCUUGAGGCUCAGGAGCGGCAGACAUACGAGCGCAAAAGGCAGCUAAAGGAUGCCCUGGCGAAUGGAAAGCAACUUCCUACCGAGCUCAGGAAGGAAGCCAAGAACUUGGGAAAUGAUCUAGGCUUUGACGAGGCUCAAACAGACCCGGCUACACAUGUUGACAGCGAGUACUCAAGGGCUGGUGUAUCGGACCCAAAAAUAGUAAUCACCACUUCUCGAGAUCCAAGCUCGAAGUUGUUACAGUUCGCGAAGGAAAUGCGCCUCGUAUUCCCGAAUUCGCAUCGUAUAAAUCGAGGAAACUAUGUCGUGAAGGAGUUGGCAGAUGCAUGUCGGGCGAACGAUGUUACGGAUCUAAUUGUUUUACAUGAACACCGAGGUACACCAGAUGCUAUGAUCGUCUCUCAUUUUCCCCAUGGCCCAACACUCUAUUUCACACUUCAUAAUGUGAAUUUACGACACGACAUCGCGACGUACAAGUCAUCUACUGUCUCUGAGCAGUACCCGCACUUGAUCUUCGAGAAUUUUAGUUCAAAGCUCGGGGAAAGAGUAAGAGAUUGCUUGAAAUUUCUCUUUCCUGUGCCAAAAGAAGACAGUAAGCGGGUAAUGACUUUCUCGACCGAGAAUGACUUCAUCUCUUUCCGCCACCACGUCUUCCUCAAGGUACCUCCGAAGCAAAUUCAACUAGCAGAGGUAGGUCCCCGCUUCGAACUAAAACCGUAUGAAAUUCGGCAAGGGACCAUCGAGCAGACGGAGGCCGAGCGGGAAUGGGUGCUUUCACAUUAUUCUCGUACGGCGAAGAAGCGGAGCGUUCUCUCUGGUCCAUAUACCAUGCCUUCACAGUCGCAGUCGGAUCAGCCUGGAGAAGGAACGAAGAAACGCGUCCGACGAUGA